UUACCGGCGGUCACAUGAUCGCGUUGGGAGCCCAACCAGGAAACCAUGGGUUGUUUAGAGUGAAAGAAGAGCAGCAGAUGUUUUAAUCAUCGCUUCCAACCAUGUCUCUCCACAAACACAGCUGUUUGCUGGUUCUGGUAGUGUUUAACAUUCACCCCGCUGUGUUCGGCGAUGGAGUGAACCUCGCCGCUUCAGAUCCAGCGGACAAACCGAGACAAACUGUGGUCAACUCGCCUCCAGUGUUUAAACCCGCCGCGGAUCCCCUCUUCUCCCUCAAUCUCCUGUCUUCUCUCCCCGAGGACCCGGAGAUCACUGACUACUGCAGCGACCUGCUCCACAUAUUCGGACAGCUGUAUGUCGAUUAUGUGAAGUGCUUGGUGCCCGCCGCCCGACCUGUCAAGGUUUGCCAGAAUUGUUACUCCAGCUUUGGCAGUCUCAAGAACAUCUACACAAACAUCUCAUCAGACCAGGAGGGUCCUGGUAAUGUGAGCUGCAGGGACAGCCUUCUGCGCAGUGACCGGCUGAUGCUGGUUUACCUGAUGUACAGCAACCUGAUGGGCAUUUGGACCAAAUCGGCCUGUGACAACUGUAUCACUAAUGGAGGGCAGAGCCUGAACAAUGACACGCUGUUCUUCUUGACCACCCACAACCAAACUCUCACCUGUUUUGAGAAGUAUAAAGAGGGGAACCAUUCAGAGCUGUGCACAAACUGUAAAAGCCCAUACAAAGGCCUGAAUGAACUGUACAGCGGCAUGGAGAAGAAUCAGACUCUGUGCAUUGACAUAGAGGAUGCGGUAUGUAUGUUAUGAGCAGAGAUUUAUACAGCUCCUCUUUUUAAGAUGAGAAGAGAAAAAGCUGCACCCCCUAGAGGAAUCUGUAGACACUAAGGGACAGUCAGAAGGGUCUUAGAGAUAAUGAGUUUGUGUCACACCUGAAAGUUGUACCAGGUUACAUUCAUGAUUAAGCUUGACGGUUCAC